AUGGUGCGAACACGGCCCCGCAACAAGACCAAACGCGUCGCCAUCAUAGACUACGGCUCAGACGGCGAACCGCCAGAAGAGGCCCACGAUGACCCAGAAGACGAAAAUUUCGAGGCGCCGCCGCCAGACCCGGAAGACGAUGAUGAGGACGACCGAAUGGACGUAGACGGGGGAGACGAUGAUUUCGAGGCAGAAGAUCCAUCCAACCUAGCCAUUGAUGACGGGUCACGCAGAAAAGGCAAUGACAGUGACGAGGAGCGGCCCGCCUACACCAGCUCCGCUGGGAUCAAGAAACGCCCGACGGACAUGACUGCCCUCGACACCUACCACGCCGAUGGCCGGCCCACGCGCUACUACACCGGCGAGCUGAAGCGCGGCCAGCGGAUCCAGGUGCUGGACUUCUUUUACGGGCCCGAGGCGGAGGCUGUUGGCGUCGCGAGUUGGUUGCUGAAUCGGUGGGCUGGGUAUGCGGUGCUGCCGAGUAAGUUGCGCGAUGGGCCUGCGCAUCCGGUGCCGAGUCCGUGGCUCGGGGAAGGGUUCAAUGAAGACCAGGAACGCGCUGCGAAGAGCUGGUUUGAGAGACUAAAAGGCACCAAGGGGGUGGCCGAAGCCGAGAGGGAGAUGGGGUCAGUAGAGGCGGAGGGGUACCGAUUGAACCCAGGCGGCCACUUGGUCACCGUGAUCGGGCCGUAUCAGGACCAGAAAGAAGUCGAGAUUCCGCCUUACGAUAGCGUCGUCCUUGGCGAGAUGGGACAAGUCUUGAUGAAGGACGCCGGCGACGAGCAGAAGUCUUCUGGGUGGAUGUUUGAUGUCGGCGGCAUGGUUAUCGGAAUGGACUGGGCCCCGAGAACAGAGGGGGAAUCGCAGAUUCUCUCCCUCGCCGUGGUCCCGCCGACGGACCACCAAAUGGGUCUCGAGGACGCUUACAAUGAGAAGAAGGGUAUCGUUCAGCUGUGGGAGCUUCGCGGGCAAAUGGACAGCGACGGCGUCUCGAGACCUGCCGCACGCCCUGCACGCCUCGCCAGGACGCUUUGCGUCGACUGGGGCAGGGUGAAGAGGCUGAAGUGGUGCCCGGUACCCUUUAGGGAGGAUGGCUCUUCGGGUCUACUUGCACUGCUUUGUGGCGAUGGGCAGGUUCACGUCGUCUCGGUCAAGGAAAUCGGCGACCGAGAAGAGGACGCAUUCACAAAACUCGAAAACUCAGUCGUGUCUCUCGGCGUCUCCUCAGAAACCAACGUGACAGCAAGCUGCUUCGCCUGGGUCAACACAAACCGCAUCGUCUUAGGCCACUCUGACGGCUCCCUCACCCUCUGGUCCAUCUCUCCACGCAUCUGCCUCGCCCGUCAUGACGUCCACUCAACCUACGUGAUGCACCUCGACACAGCCUACCCCUCGGAUCCAUACCUCGUCGCCUCGACUCCGAUCGCAGGCUACACCACCCUCGUCGACCUCUCCGACCCCUCGUGCGAGCGGACCAGCUUCCCCUGCUUCGCCAUCACGCCCCAGCCGAACCUCAUGCAAUGGAGCGACCACCUACGCGGCUUCUUCACCGCCGUGCCGUCCGCGAACCCGCUCAACGCCUCUGUCGGGUUCGUCCACGCGCGGUGGUACGCCGCGCAGGUACGGAAAGUCAUGGACGGUGACCGGCUACCGACGUGUCUUGCCGUCGGCGCGCAGCAUCCGUUUGUGUUGGUGGGGUAUACCGACGGAACGGUGUGGGCUGCGAACCCUUCAAAUCGCAUCUUUGCUUCGAAGCAUCACUUUGGACACAAGAUGAAGGUUCUCGACCACCAGCACAUCCCGCGCGAGAGGCUUGACGAGGAGGCGCUGAAUAGGCAGGAGGGCGGGAGCACAGCGGACCGAUGCCGUGGCGCGUCGAGGAUAUUGCAGGGGUUCCGGCCGGUGCCGAAUGUGAAUCCCAAGGUGGACACGUGGAAGACCAAGGUUGCGAUCAACAAGAAGAAGGACAAGAAGGGCAAGGCCAAGGGGAAGGCUAAAGGGAAGGCAAAGGGGAAGAAGGGUGCUGCGACGGCGGCGGCUGCGGAUGCUGGAGAGGAGGAGGACGCUGAUGUCCAGGGCGGUCAGGAGGAGGUUGAUGGACACUUUGCUGAUCCCGAGCGGGCCGUGAUAUCGGAACCAUUAACGCGGAUUACGACGAUGGCGUGGAAUCCGAACAUGGAGUAUUCGUGCUGGGCGGCGAUUGCGAUGGCGUCUGGCCUGGUGAGGGUCAUUGAUUUAGGGUUGGAAUGCUAG